UGAUUUCUUCUGCGUGGCUUUGUUCCUGCUCUGACUGCAUGGUAACUGUCGAGUGCCAGAGGACUGGACUUCCUAGGAGAGAGAGCACUUGGCUCAAAACCUAACCUCUGCUUGAAGGGAAAUCUGCUUUACUGCACAUCUCAGGGUGAGAUGAGUAACUGAGAGCAAGCACCCCUCACAAGUGGAAGUGAGAGAGAGCAGGAGUCCAAAAGCUGAACUGAAGGUCUGCUAGCAAGAGGCAAGAUGGACAGCAGAGUCCAGGAGCAACUGUCCAAGUACUUGGGAAUAAUGAAGGAGGAGGAACUGGAAGAGUUCCUGCAUCGAUUGCCUGAUAAGGAAACCCACAGUGACCCCACCACAAAGUCCUGGAUUAAACUAGAGGAAUCAGCUGCUAUGGAGGUAGCUUCAUGCCUGGUGUCACAGUAUGGAGAGCAAAAGGCCUGGGACCUGGCCCUCCACACUUGGGAGCAGAUGGGCCUAGGAGAUCUGAGAGCCAAGGCCCAGAGAGAGGCUGCCUUGAUGCCAGGAAUCAGAGAAAGACACCAGAGCCAAGACAGAGGAUGUUCUUUACCCACACAGUCACUGAAAAAUGAGGAUUUACAUCAAAACUUCAUAAAGCUGCAACUUCUACAAAUAUCUCAUCCAGGAAGACCAGAAAACAGGGACUGGUUUGACAUUAUGGUAAAGAAACCAAGACAACUUAUUGAGAUCAGACAAUUAUUUGGUUCAGACUCGGGUUCCCAGACAGGCCUUCACAUAGUCAUGGUGCAUGGGGAAGCUGGAGUGGGCAAAUCUACACUGGCCAGGCAGGUGAGGGCAGCCUGGGGGGAAGGCCGCCUGUUCAGGGACCACUUCCAGCAUGUCUUCUACAUCAACUGCGGAGAACUAGACCAGUUCUCCUCAAUGACUCUCGCUGAACUUAUCCAAAAACACUCAGCUGCCCCUGGGACUCCCAUUGAAGAGAUCCUGUCUCAGCCAAAGCAGCUGCUUUUCAUCUUGGAUGGGUUCUGGUGGGGGACUAAAUCUCACCUGAGAGAGGACUGUAGUGAUAAGAAGGAAGUGCAUGAACUACUGAGCAGUUUGAUAAAGAAAACCAUCCUUCCUGAGGCAUCCUUGCUGAUCACAGCUAGGAAUGCAGUUCUGAGGAGUGACUUUUCUUUUGAGUACAAAAUAUAUUUUGUAGAAGUGUUGGGCUUCUCUGAGUCUAGCAGGAAGGACUAUUUCUACCAGUAUUUCACAAAGGAAAGUCAAGCAAGUAGAGCUCUUACUGUGGUAGAAUCAAACCCAGCCCUCUGGACCCUGUGCCUCAUGCCCUGGGUGUCCUGGCUGGCAUGCACCUGCCUGAAGCAGCAGAUGGAGCGGAGACAAAAACUCUUACUGAUGUGCCAGACCACCACGGCCCUCUGCCUGCAGUUCCUGUCCCAGAGUCUGUCAGGUCAGCCAUUUGAAACUCAACUGAGUGGCUUGUGCUCUCUGGCUGCUGAGAGGACCCAGCAAGGAUAUACAAGAUUCUCUGCCUUGGAUCUCAUUAAGCACAACCUAAAUGACACUAUCAUCUCCACUCUUUUAAAGAUGGGUGUUCUCCAAGAGAACCACAGCUUCAUUCUCCUGUGCUUCCAGGAGUUUUUUGACGCCUUGUGCUGUGUGUUGGAGAGUAAUAAGGAAGGCCAGAUCAGAAAAUGGCUGAAAACAAGGCAAGAUGUAUGUGUGGCACCAACCACACGUUUCCUUUUUGGCCUUUUGAGUGAGCAUGGGGUGAGAGAGCUGGAGAGCAUCUUCCGUUGCAGGUUGUCUCAGGAGGGGAAGAUGGAACUGUUGCAGUGGAUCCAGGAGCAGCUCAAGCACAUGCAUCAGUCUGGGAAGCCAUACUGCCUGCAGUUGCUCCACUGCUUGUAUGAAAUUCAGGAUGGAGAUUUCCUGAGACAAGUAAUGAACUAUUUCAAUGGAACCAGGAUAUUUUUUCAAACUAACAUGGACCUUCUGGUGUCUACUUUCUGCAUUAAAUUCUGCAAACAUAUCAAGAGGCUUCAGCUGAGACAGAAUGGACAGAAAAUACAACCCGAAGGAGCUCCUGAUAUGAUUUUGCUCUACCUGAAUGAAGUCACGGAAGAGAGCUGGAAGAUCCUAUUUUCUAUUCUUGGACUCAUGGAAAGUCUGAAAGAGCUGGACCUCAGUACAAACAUCCUGAGUGAACCUGCAGUGCAGAUUCUUUGUGAGACUUUGAGCGAUCCUCGCUGCCAUCUUCAGACCCUGGGGCUGAAUAACUGUGGCCUCACAUCCAGCUGCUGCCAGCACCUGGCCUCUGCUCUCAGCUCCAGCCCCAGCCUGACAGAGCUAGACCUGAGGAAGUAUUAUCCUGACGACCUUGGUAUGGCACUGCUCUGUAAGGGGCUCCUACAUCCUUCCUGCCAGCUCAGGCUCCUGAGGCUGAACAGGCACCACCUGAGUAAGAAGGCAAAACAAAUGCUGAUAGGCCUGGAGAAAGAGAAGCCUCAGCUGCUCAUCUCACACAAAUGGGACAAACAUGGGACACAUCUUCAUGAAGACACUGGAGCAGGAGCGACAAGUGACCACACAACCUCACAGGCACAGCAGAGACCAGAAUCAGAAGGAGACUCCUCACUGAUAGCACAAAUAGCAUCUCUCUCUGUGUCUUCUGCUGCCCCUCAGGGGGACCAGCACAUGGAGGCUAUGAUGACUAGAGGUAACUUCCACAGUUCCAUGUGACCUUAACUACAGAGGUGAUGGACAAGGAGAGGAGCCUGUACCGCCACCAAGUUGCAGAUGCUACCAUGAUGCCAACCUGACUUUCCUGGGCAGAUGACCUCACCAGUGUGUCCUGGAACCUCACCUCUCCAGAGCCCUGCUCCACUAGGGAAAGAUAGAAAACAGACUGGGGGUAUGGAUUGACCUGUCAAUGCCUAUGUCCAGAAGAGAAGCCAUUACAGAAGCCAGACAUCCAACCAUCUGCUCCCUAUAAAGAUCUUUGGUCCAUACUCCCAGAGUGAUUAAAAAACAAUAGGGAACCUUCCAAUGAGGGGAGGGGAUAUGGAACUCUGGUGGUGGGAAUUGUAUGGAAUUAUACCCCUCUUACUCCACAAUCUUGUCAAUCAUUAUUAAGUCACUAAUAGUAAAUAAAUAAAUAAAUAAUAGAUAAAA